CAGAUAUCACACGGUUGCGUCCUUUUAAGUUGGUUCUCUUCUUAUCAUCGUUUGUGCGUCCUUUAACCUCUUCGUCCAGUGACUUUUCGAAGAGUCCUUUCGGAGACUCGUUAUCUGCGCGAUAGUGUUCGUUUUCGUUUCGGACCUGCGUGCGCUAUUUUUAUGAUCGUCUACGGUGGCAAUUUUGUAGUUAUUUUGUGGUGGUAUAUUGUACAGCCGAAUUUUUCUCGAUUAGUUGAACUUUCAGUUUCGAGUGCCAUUCUUUCGCUGUAAUAAGUGUUCUACAAGAUCAAACUCCAAGCUCGGAGUAGUUGACUUUGCGUUGAAAUAAACUAUUUUUACAACUUAUAAUUCUCUAGUGCCUCUGUUCUCGAAAAAUCUGUGCAGUUCUCACGGAAACUGCAUAAUCUGUAGUUAAAUUGUUGUGUCUAUCCCGCAAACAUACGGAUAUCUAUUUAUAUUUACUUGGAUUAUUGGAAGAUUUACCUUGGAUUACCUUUUUGCUGAAUUGGAUUACUUGCAUCGGCAAAAUGUUUUGUUUAGAUGAGCAAUGGAAGUCACGGGGUUGCCACUGAGGUCCGAGCAACAACGGCGCGACGCUACCAACCUUAUCGUCAAGCACUUCAAGAAUCUCAAGUUCAAGAAAAAACUGGCAAAGCAUCAAAGACAAUGACACUUACUGUACAAGAAGCGGGCUGACAACCUUCACCUGCGCCCGGCAUGCCGACAGAGGGCGCAAGCUGAUCGAAAUCAACCGGAACCCGUGCUCACGAGACACAGCGAGAGGUCCGCAUCACGGUAGCAGAGUGUGGUGAGCCUGAGCGUGCCCCAAGGCGAAUUCUGGAUCCACCGUGGUUAAGUCCUCAAAGAGCACCGCCGGGCGAUAGCAGCAGCGAAGGACUGAGCAACAAAGCACUGACCACUACGGGCACCGUAGCGAACUCCUCUGCAUCCGGGCCUAAAAUGAAAUACGGAAGCAGUUCCGGCGGUGACUCGGAAGUACUGGGCAUGCCUGUCGACUCCCUCCUGCUGAGCAACUGCUGGAGCACGGAUCACUUCAUCGUAGACUCUAACCCGAAGAACUUCCUCGGCGAUGACUCGGAGGAGGAACCCGAGUCGAAAGGGAUCGACGAGCUGGAGCUCCUGCUCCAACCGGAGUCCAACGAGCAGAACAACAACCUGGCCGAGCUGAAACCCCUGCCACCGUUCGGCCACUACACGGCCAACCUCCAGAUCAAUGGCAUCUCCGGCCAGCACUUCGGCGCCAUCGGGCGACCCGAGCCCGGGCCUCGGAUCGAGACCAACAACAACACCUCGGAAACAACGAACCAGAACAUGUACUACGAUAACAACGCGGUCGUCACCAGCUCGACGAUGGACUGCAUGGACAUCAAGCCGGAGAUCCCGGACUACGCCUCCAUCCUCAACGCCCCGGACAUGGAAGACAUCGCCGCCAUCAUCGGCUCGGCCAUCGCCGACACCACCGUCAAUGGCAACAACAACAACGGGGACAACUCCCGCGACUCGUGGAUGGACCUGGACGCCUGGAUCGAGGGCGCCUGCGAGAACUCGGCCUCCACCUCGAAGAACGGGCACAUGUCCGUCCUCAGCUCCAACGAGUCUCUGUCCGACUUCGUGGCCGCCAACAGUCAGUUCAGCAUCUCCUCGACGCCCGUCAUCCACUUCCCGGUCAAGCGCGAGAACGCCUCGAGCACGUUCCCGCACAUGCCGCUCUUGCAGAGCCGCCUCCAGAACGGGCCGCCCAAGUCGGAGAUCUCCUAUAGUCUCGUGCCGGAGUGCACCUCGCCCUCCUCGUCGACGCAGUACAUCGCGCACAGUCCGCAGCACGUCGUCUCGACGUCGGACCUGGCCCGGCCGUACAAUCAAGUUCACAGUUCCACGCGCCCCUCCCCGGAGAUGAUCCUCCACACGACGACACCCACGCCCAACAAGAAGCCUCGUCAGCGGACGAAGAAGCCCGUGCCGCCCUCGAGCACGAUCGUCUACGACCCCUCUAGUCUCGGUGGAAAGGAGAAGCCCGUCCACAGGUGCAAUAUCUGCAAUCGCGGAUUCCUCAACAAGUCCAACAUCAAGGUCCACCUCCGGACGCAUACCGGCGAGAAGCCGUUCAGGUGUGAUGUCUGCGGCAAGGCCUUCCGGCAGAAGGCGCAUCUCAUCAAACAUGCGCAGAUCCACAAGAGGAUAGGCAGAGACUAGUAGGCGCUGUGGUCUUAGUUGUUGUUGUUAUUGUUGUGUUUUAUUGCUGCGUGCAGGCCCCCGCGGAUUGAGCUCCAGAGCCUGUGGAGGAUAAACGGCACCUUUUGGGAACUCUGCAGGGACUUCAGGACUUUUACUUCUAAUUUUUUCCAACUGCUGAGCGCGUCAACAUAAUUUAUCUUAUUUUUCAAUUAUACAUAAGAAAAGAUGACACCUAAGGAUCACAGUCCUCAAGAUUCUUCCCAAUGUUUCUCUCUCUUUUUAUUCAUUGUUCAGAUCUUUUUUAUAUGGCUAAGAAAAAAUAAUCGUAAUUGAUUUUUCCUUCAAAAGAGGAAUUGAAGACUAUUUUUUCAAUGAAUUUGACGUAUGCUCUAGAAAAAUUACCUAAUUGAAAUGUAUACAGCCAAUUUUAUGUUGCAAUUAUUUGUUUGAUUUUUGCGAGGCUUUAUCUUGUAAGAUGACCACCUUUAAAUGUAAUCUGCUUUUGAUUCUUGAUUAUGAGCCCGUUAAGGAUCUUUUGAUCGCAACCUCUUGUUUUUUACAAACUGUAUCAAAAUGUGUUGUUUUAUACACACUAUAACCAGAGCAAAAUCACUGUAAUUUGUUUGCUGCCACCAUACGUAUCUGAACGCAAAUUUUUCAUCCGUUCUUCUUCCUCUCAACAAGGGAGUAUUAUUUUUAAAAAAAAAAUUAUGUAAAUUCCAUGUUUACGCCACUUUUUACUACAGUCACGUCAAGGAUGUGUUAAAAUUAUCAGAUUGUAAAAUUCAGAGAUUCACUGGCUUACCUGUAAAAGUGCCUAAAACACUAUUGUAUUUUAAUCUACGUUAAAAAAGAGUCCAUGGAUCUCUUAUUAUUGGCUCAUUUUUCAUCAUGGUCGGUCCUGUGCUCCUCUCAACUUAUGAACGCCAGGGCGACUGAGAGACUCACAAUUUAUUGUAUAGAAAAAUAUUUGAUUAAGUUAUGUUGGCGCUCCUGCACUGUUGUAUUGGGAACGUGAAAUCCUGUCUCCAACGUAAAAAAUAAGGGUCCCUCAAUUCAAAUUUCAUUUCAAUUAUCUUGAAAUGAUACGAGAGGUUAAGGAAUUACGGGAUAGUGGGCGCAUGAUUUGAGGGAGCUAAUGCAUUCCGCAUCUAAUCAUCUACCUUUCACGUCAAAGUUAUAUCUGAUCUACAAGAAUCAUUUUUUCCGUCAGGAAAAGAGUGAACGGUACAACGUGUAUCAGCUUUUAAAAAUUGAAACUGAAGAUAUCAUUUAUUUGCAUUUUUGUUAAACAGAAUUAUGCACUGUCAGCAUCAGACAUCAAUUUUUAUCAUGGACAAAAUGAAACUUUUAAGGUUACUUUGCAAUCCGCUCACGAAAUUUCAUGUAAAAAUAUGGCAUUCUAAUUUUUUUUCCCUACUUCUGAAUAUUGUUGCUUAUAAUUUUUUCUGGUGCCCAUUUAGUAGAAUUAUGACAAGACUUUCUGAAGAUUCUGAUUUUGAAUACCCAAUAUAUCUCUACUUAUGUUUACAAAGGUAUUGUAUUAUUCUUACUUUUACUUUUUGGUUUUUACGAUUUGAGCGUGAAUUCGUCAAGUCGAUCCAGAUGUCUCCAAAAACUCUUGCUUCUUAAACUCGCAACGUAUUUAUCAUGCUAAGAAUGCUAAUCUUGUCAACAAAGAGUGCUUUUUUACAGCUAUUAUUGUAGUAUAUAAAACGAGAAUGCGUAGGUAGCUCCUCAAAACAUGAUCUGCAUCUCCUCCUUAAACCUCCAUUUUUCUCAGUAUUCACCAAAGAAACUUUGUUCCUCCUUAAUGUCAAUCCGCCAUUCAUGGGCGCAACGGCGCGGUGUUAAGAACUCUACGAGUUCAAUUGUAUUUAAGUAUGUUUGAGUUACUAAUGUUUACUUGUGUCUGUAUUGUACGUGUACAUUUUAUUAUAUUUUUUUCCUUCCAAGUUCUGUUACUUAGUGGAGUUAAUAUUUGCUUGAACAUAUUGUUGACUAUCCUUUCCUACUACGGUACCUGAACACUCUGCUAAGCUGACUCGCAUUGCCAACAUUUGAGUUGUUUGGUAAUAUUUUUACUAGUUUCGUUUGAAAAGUAGCUAAUUUGAAUUGGAGGUAUUUCUGUCAAACGGAACUGUGUGCAUUAUGACGUGAGCCCUGUUAUGCAUAUAUUUGUAUGGGUCUCAGGGUUCAUGUCUUAAUGCACAUAGUUCCGUUUGUCAUAAAUACGUCCAAUUCACAGGAUAAACAUCGGCACUCGGUUUUCAUUUUUAACAUUCAGUUCGUGUAAGAUCAUUUUCUGAGCUAAAUCACAGGGUGACUAUCUCUAAGGUAAUCUUUAAAUUUCUUUCAAGUCAGCGAGUGAAGGGCAUACAACUGAAAAACAAUGGGUGCUAUGUUAAAAUAUUGAAGUAUUAAGAGAUUUGCGGUAAAAUCUGUGAAGGCUGACGUAUUACAUAUUCUGCCAUCGAAUGAAUUAUUUAUCUUCAAUUUUUUACCUCAACUUAUUAAUUGUUGAAUUGAGCUUGAAUGACAUCCUCACUAGCCAAUAGUGUCCUUAAUUAUUUCAGCAAGAUUUUUAAAACAUUAAGCUUUUGAAAUCCUCAUCCGUUCAUGGAUUUGGCUUGAGCUAGAAAAUCAUUUUGAACAUAUAGUACAUCUAUACCAAUAUCAUUGAGCCACGUUUUGGCGAGUCUCGAAAAAUGAACUCACUUCAUGUAAUUACUGUUAAAUAUAAUUUUUAUGUAGACAUAUUCAUUAGUUAACAUUGUUUAAGUAGAUCUCAAAAUUUAGGAAGCAAAUUUUCUGUAUUAUAGUGAAUUUAUUUUGACUCGGAGUUAUCAAUUGCAUAAUUUUAAAAACUAAUCAUCAUUAAAGAUUUUGUGAAGUCCGUAAAUUACGUUUUCAUCACAGAAAGGGACAAACUCGCCUUUUUCUAUUUAUUUUCGCUAAUUAAGUAACUAUUUUAAUGCAGGCUCAUUAAUUUAAUUGAAGAAUUAUUACACAGAAAGCACGUCCUCUCUAUUAUCCGAUGACGCCUGUAGUUUUUUUGAAUGAGAAUUCAUUUUCCUCUCAAAUAUAUUCCACUUUAGUUGACCGCAAUCAAAGGUUCUUGUUUAAUCUUACUGCGAUUUUUCUCCAUCAGAAACGAAAAAUUUGCAGUUCUUUCAAGAAAAUUAUGAUAUUUGUAAACACUAAAACUCCAUUUAUUUCUCCUUUUUUUUAAAGUAAUUACAGCUUUUAACUGAUAAGCCAGCUCAUGCACUGCCAAGUGUAGGAAUGGUUCGGACAUUCUAAACUAUGUCUGCCAUUCCAAAUCCUUUUCAUUUGUAGACCCAAAGUUCUUUCUAUAUAACGUUACAAAAUUAUGUUAUUCACAGUCUCAGGAAAAAAUCAUAGCUGUUAAAUUUACGAAUUAGCUACUUGCAAAAUGUCUUGUUCGCUGUUAAAAAGAUAAAGACCCUGUAGCAUCUUACUCCUGAUUUAGUUGUACAUAUAUCUUGUAAUAUUUGAAGUAUAUAUAAGUUCAUUUAAUUUUUAUUUAGUCGCUAAUUAUACUUCAGUGUAUUAUAGAUAAGGAACAAAAUAAGGUGGUAAUGUUUGGUACCUCAAAAUAAUGUAAUAUAUUAUAGAUUUAUUUUAAUAUAAUUUAUUUAUUUCUAAUUUUAGGUGCACAUGUUGUUAGGUUUCAGUUUUAGAGUAAGGAUCCAGUUCAGCCAAUGAGAAUGAUCGGUAGAUUGAUCAGAGUCCAAAAAACCUUAUUUCAUUUGUUCACUAUCAAUUCACAAGAUCUACUUUCAGACCAAAAAAAAUUGUAUAAUGUGAUAAAUUUUAUUUACUUAAGAGCAUAUUCAGAUAUUCAUAAUUUUUUAUUUGAAAUAAAAAAUGAUACAUUUUUAUAUUGAAACUCAAGAAAUCUAUCCCUGAAUUUUUUUAUUACCUCACCUUCAGUUGUUUUCCCUCAUCUCAAAAUUAAGGCACGCUAUUUUCUCAAAUAAGUUUCAUUUCAAAACAAGAAGGCAAUGCAUGCUAUAGCAGUUUAAUUGGAUUCAGUAAUCUCCAACUUCAUUUAGACGACUUUAAGAGAAAAGAAUCUACGUGCUUAUGAAAGAUACGUAGAAGGUAAAAUUCUGCAACCACGUAUCUCGUUUGCGGUGUUUCAAAAUCUCCGCUCCUAUAUUUGUUUUUUUUAAAGGGAGCAAAUCGGUAUAAUUCCUUGACAUUUUCGCAAACUUUUCUUCGCAUCGAAAGGAAAAAUCAUGGCUGUUUCUAAGAAUUGUCUUGGAGUAAGCAGUUUUCCAUUUAAACAGAAAUUUAUACCAGGAA